UAUAUUUAUCCGAGUCAUAUGGUAUUCUCCAACAGACCCACCGCGGUCACUCUGGGCACGAGGCUUGUUUAUUGGGCGAAAUUUAAUGAUUCCCUGUAAUCAUUCAACAUUUGCAACACAUCCCAACCGCAGCAACAGUAGCAGUUCAAGCGAAACAACGGCCGCGGGCAGAAACUGAAACCUCUUCGCUCCGAAAUCGAGUGAAUCGGGGAGCGUGUCGUCUAUAUGUCUAUUAUGCUAGUCGUGGUGCAGCAAUAGUACCAGUGGUACCAGCAGUAGCCGCAGUGUCAAUUAGUAGUUUCGCAUAACACCACCUCACGCGUACACUCUGCACCACCACCCCUCGAACACCCGACGCCCGCCCACCCGUGAAUCGUGAUAUCCGUGUUAUACAACAAAAUUGUUCCGUGUUCGACAUACGCCGGCUAAAACUGCUCGUUGAUACCAUCUUCAUCCUGCGAAGCUACCCAAUCCUAACGGAGAAAGCGGUUCUACAACUGAAACUUGACUUGGUAGAACUGGUCCAGAUUAUCAGGUCAUCGUAAGAGGAGCAGCCACUACAAGGGCACAACCACAAUACUCGCACACAAUCGGUAGUAUAGCUGCACCGACACCAUCGACGGAUCGGAUCCACCAUGAACAUAGACGACUACGAAUCGCUGCCCACUACCAGUGUGGGUGUCAAUAUGACGGCGGGCGCUAUUGCGGGUGUACUGGAGCAUGUGGUCAUGUAUCCGCUGGACUCCGUCAAGACGCGAAUGCAGAGCCUUUCGCCUCCCACAAAAAACCUGAAUAUAUUUUCAACCUUUCGGAACAUGAUCACGAGUGAGGGCUUGUUAAGACCCAUUCGAGGAGCUAGUGCUGUAGUAUUGGGUGCCGGUCCAGCGCAUUCGCUGUACUUUGCUGCCUAUGAAAUGACCAAGGAGGUGACGGCCAAGUUCACUUCUGUGAGAAACCUCAACUAUGUGAUUUCGGGAGUAGUGGCCACCCUUAUACACGACGCCAUUUCUAGUCCCACGGAUGUGAUCAAGCAGCGAAUGCAGAUGUACAACUCACCCUACACAUCGGUGAUAUCUUGCGUUCGGGAUAUCUACAAGAAGGAGGGCUUCAAAGCCUUCUAUAGAGCAUACGGCACGCAACUGGUCAUGAAUUUACCAUAUCAGACAAUACAUUUUACCACAUACGAGUUUUUCCAGAACACGUUGAAUCUGGAACGGAAGUACAAUCCACCAGUGCAUAUGGCAGCGGGUGCUGCGGCUGGUGCCUGCGCGGCAGCUAUAACCACUCCCCUGGAUGUGAUCAAGACGCUACUGAAUACACAGGAGACUGGACUAACGCGUGGCAUGAUCGAGGCUAGCCGAAAGAUCUACCAUAUGGCUGGUCCAUUGGGCUUCUUCAGGGGCAUGACAGCCCGCGUUUUGUACUCCAUGCCCGCCACGGCUAUCUGCUGGUCAACGUACGAGUUCUUCAAAUUCUACCUGUGCGGCAUGGACGCAGAUAAGUACAAAUCGUCAAUUACCGGUCGUUCGGAACCCCGCAAAGCGGACUACGUGCUACCCAGGACUACGGAUGAAGAGCAGAGCGAUCAGAAUCGGGAGACGGUAAAGGAGAAGGAGACCACUGUGACACUUCAUCCUACCCCGACCUCAGUUAAUACCUCCGGUGCCAUCAAGACGGUGUGUGAGCUGUCGACGCGACCCGCAGGACCAACAAUCAACCUGCACACACGGCAUACAGAUGUGAAGAGUCCCUACGAAAGGGGAUUCCCCAGGACGUAGGCAUCGCCAGUGGGCGUGGCCGCGAGCGGGGCCUGCGUUCGAAACGUUUGCAGCAGCAGCGACAGCUAAACCUAAGCGUAGCUAUUAGUUGGCGGUAGGGAUCGGGAAAGCUGGUGUGAGACUAGGGGCUUUUUGGCAGGUGGACGACACGGUGUUCGAAACGCCUGCCGUUCCAUUGACCACCGCCUGGCCACUACCCCACUUUCAGCCCACCCGAACCCAGCUGCUUGUAUGAAUACUCUGCGAGGAGUCGGUGAGAGAGUUUUAUCACUCCAUAGUCGGAGGUUAAAUCGUAGUUGUUGUUCUGCACAAAACUCUCGCUCUCACACACAAAACGCAAAACUCCACACACAACAAACACAUACUAUAAACACCCCCCACAUACACACACACAAAAACACACACUCAAAGACAGUUUUAGACAAAGUGCGAAAUUCUUGUUAAAAAGUAUAUGCUAAUGAUAAUACUGUAUCUAUGUUAUUUCGAAAUGAGAAAACCCUAUUGUAAAAUACUAUUACCUAUGUAUUACAACCUUUGAUUUACUACAUUUAUAUAUAUAUUUUUUUUAAACAAGUUUCAAAGUAUAUAUGCAUAUAUUUAUGUUGAUCGUUGUAAAGAAAUCAAGAGCAAAAAUGUAAAGCACACCCGCGCGAGAAGAAAAUUCAAUAAUUUGUAAUCAAAUUACACCUUAAAUCUUCAAACUGAGAUGUUACAAAAAAUAACGAACCGCAGAUACAGCUCUCAGAGAACUACGUCUCCCCUUCAGAUUGCCCAAUCUAUUUACCCAAUACUAAUUAGCCAGCCGCAUAGUGGAGUAGUAGCCUAGCUAUGUCUUUCCUUUGUCCUUUUGCCAGGCACUUGACUGCGAUUACUGAUAGCUGUACGAUUUAGUUCAUCCGCUGCAGUCUUUUUUAAUUAAUCAUCACACAUUAUCUUUUGUCUCAGUGCUAUAUGGUAGUUUUCAAUCCUCGAGAAGCAAUCGCUGUCUAGUGCCAGGGUCAAGACCAACCGGAGUUCCCCAAAAUUAUAAAAUACUACAUCAUAUUAUUACGUUCACUGUUAUUUUUGUUUAUAUAUAUGCAUAAUAUAUAUAUAUAUAUAUAUAUAUAUAUGUGGAUAUGCUACACCAGCGAUUAUUAAACUGUAAGGUGUAGCUCUAAAAUUAAAAUUUUAUUGUUAAAGAAUUCAAACGAAAACAAAGCGGAAGCAAACUCAUUGGCAAACAAAAAGGCCCAUUAAACGGAUGAAAGAA